AACAAAUUUAGACUCGAAUUUUACACUGAGGAUCCUUCGACGAUUGUUAUAGACGUUGGAAAGCAUUCUAUGUCAUGUAAACAUAGAAAUUCACUUAUUCUCAAAACACUUAUAGAAUCUAGAUCUGUAAAUAAAUUCUCAAUUUCAUUGAUUGCCGAGUAACGUGAACAUAUCUGUAUUAAGGAUGCUACCUUUAUCUCUUCUUCGAACUGCUGUUAAUCAUCCUAUGCUUGUGGAGUUAAAGAAUGGCGAAACUUACAAUGGUCAUUUAGUGAGCUGUGACAAUUGGAUGAACAUCAAUCUUCGUGAAGUUAUUUGCACAUCCAGGGAUGGUGAUAGGUUUUGGAGAAUGCCAGAAUGCUACAUUCGGGGGAGUACCAUAAAAUACCUUCGUAUACCAGAUGAAGUGAUUGAUAUGGUUAAAGAAGAAGUUGUUCAGAAAUCCAAAGGCAGGGGUGACUUUAAAGGUGGAAGAGGAGCUGGUCAGAGAGGCAGGGGAAGGGGAGCAUUUCAACCAGGUGGUCGUGGAGGAGGUCGAGGUGGUGGCAGGGGCGGUGGUAGUGGUGGUGGAAACAAGCCUGGCAAAGGAAGGGGGAACUAGAAAAAAAACUCAUUUUGUUAAAGUCUUUAAGUGUUUAAAAAACAAUGUAAAUAUUUUUUUCACAUCAGAAGCUAUGCUUCUAAUGAAGUAGUAAUCAUCAAACUAUGAUUGUUUAUUUAUUUAUUAUGAGACUUGUGUCGUAAAAAAUGAGACAAUUUAAAAUGCAAGUUUACAAAUACACCAUAAAUAAAGUUGUGCUAUAACACAGUUCUAAUGACAAUGUAUACUUUCAUCAUGUACAACAAUCAUUGCCAAAAUGGCUAUUAUUUUAGUAUUCUUUACUAUUAUUUGAAAUUACUUAUAAUUAAGUGGAUUACAAAAUUUAUAUAAUAUGAUUGAGACAAAGAUCUAAGAAUAUCCUUACAUUAAUCUAUAUAUAGUUAGUUUAGUUACAAAUGUAAGUAAUUUCCCUUGACUAUAUUUGUUGACAGGAUUUGUUUUAUUGACGUAAUGUUAUGUUUGCAUAUAUCUAUUUGGUAAUAAACUUUGUCAUAUU